AUAUAACCCUAGUAGUCUUCCUUCCCUUCCAGGCCGAAAAACAUCUAUCGUUUCUGCAGGCGCCGCUGUGGGGAAAAGCAACAGAAGCAGUCGCCAUGGGUAUCGAUCUAAAAGCCGGAGGUAAGAGCAAGAAGACGAAGCGGACUGCCCCCAAAUCCGAUGAUAUAUACUUGAAGCUGCUGGUGAAGUUGUACCGGUUCCUUGUGAGGAGGACCGGUAGCAAGUUCAAUGCAGUGAUACUGAAGAGGUUGUUCAUGAGCAAGAUUAACAAGCCUGCUCUUUCGCUUUCACGCUUGAUCACUUACACCAAGGGCAAGGAGGACAAGAUUGCAGUGGUUGUUGGGACUGUCACGGAUGAUACUCGUGUGUAUGAAGUUCCUUGCCUGAAGGUUACCGCACUUAGAUUUACUGAGACUGCGAGGGCUAGGAUUGAGAAGGCAGGAGGAGAAUGCUUGACUUUUGACCAGCUCGCACUCAGGGCUCCUCUUGGCCAGAACACGGUACUUCUUAGAGGGCCUAAGAAUUCUCGUGAAGCAGUGAAGCACUUUGGACCAGCACCUGGAGUACCACACAGCCACACCAAGCCAUAUGUUCGAUCCGCGGGAAGGAAAUUUGAGCGAGCUAGAGGAAGAAGAAAUAGCAGAGGAUUCAGAGUUUAAGUUGUUGUCAAUUGUUGAAGGCAUACUAAUAUUCUAUUGAGAUAUGUGUUUGAAACGUUCUGCCCUGCCCGCCUAUUUGCUUUCCUUGAUGUUUCUCCUUAAUUAUUUGUUUCGUGUUUGAGAACUACUAGACGUAAACGUUUAUCGGUAGCAGGCUCUUGAACUUGCACCUAAUAUUUUUAAAAGUGUGGACAGCGUCCAUGGCUGAGAGUACAUUGCAAGUAAACAUUUCAUACUUUGAGCAGGCAGCGGUGCCAUUUAGGAAA